AGAGACUCUAAUGACCUCAUUUAAAUUUGAUUACCUUGGUAAACACACUAUCUCCAAAUAAGGUCACAUUCUGAAAUGCUCGGGGUUGGGACUCCAGUAAUAUCUUUUUGGGGGGAGACACACUUCAGUCCAUAACAUACUACAAGAGAAGGGAGCUGCUUAUCAUUGUCCGUUACCUGGAAUCAGUUCAGACGACCAUCAUCUUCCUACAUGCAAAGGAGAAAACAGUUCACCUGGUCAUUUUUGCUAUGGCAGGAGGAAAUGUCAAUACCAAACCAUUGGAGAAGGUAGCUGAGUCAUUCAGUUGUGGCAGCAACCACCUUUCUUCCCUGCACCCCCUGGCUAGGCUGCUCCAUGUUGGGAGGCAGGGUGUUCAGUACAGCCACCGUGAGCUGAGUGAGGGCUUCAGCUGCAGGCUGGAGUGACCCAGGGAGGAACUGCCGCCUAUCAAACGGAAACACCUGCCACAGAAGGUUCACUGAAGCCUGAGAAAAUAAAGGUCAAGGGCUCUGGGCUGUGCCGCCACCAGUCUCCAACACUAUUCUGGGGCAGAAUACACCUAUUGGCUCACAAUGCUGUGAAAGAAAACAAGAAAGUCAUGAUGGUGAGCACAGCCCUACAGAGGCAUGAGCAGAAAUAUCCUGCGUUCACUCCUCUACUACUCACGUCCACUUUCUAAUAAAAAGAAUUUGAUAAAUGUAAUGAGCAUGUCUGUAUAUUUGCUGGGGCCUCAGCUGGUGGACAAGCUAAUGUGUGCCAACAUACCCAGAGUUCUUAUGAUCUAAAAGUGUUAUCCUCCUGGAUUGCGGCUCCCUGCUCAGAAAGAGGACAUUUUUUAAAACUACAAGAUACAACUGAGAGCUUGGAAGCUAUCCAUGCAUAAGUUUUAAAACUCAGCAGCUUCAUGGUUUCCCUCUUCUGUUGGCCUGGCCAGUGGACACAGUGGUCACGCUCCUGGCAUGGAGAUGUCAUUCACGGAUACAAUUGGAAACAUUGGUUAUAUUACUAAAGUUUGGACUGAAAUGUCACAUUUUAAAAUGUACAUGAAAUGCCUGGUUUCAAGAGUUCCCAGCUUUACAGUGAGUGAAUGAAAACUGUCACUUCCUAGCAGGCCCAAGAACCUUAAGACGGGUUUCCCACUUCACCACCCAAGCCAUCAGGACACAGCAGAGGUCUCUAGACAACCAUAUUGCUAUCGACUAUCACCUCACUGCACAGGGUGGUGUUUGUGCUGCUGCUAACACUUGCUGCUGUACCUGGGUAAAUAUUUCCAGUCCGGUUUAAUUGGGAACAUCUAAGGCCUACAGCGAGCCAAAUCUCCGAAAGGGACACCUUCAGGGAGCCUCCUAGCUGAACCUGGAGUCUCACUAGAAAGCAGAGAAUCCCUGGGAUAACAAGCAAGACAGAUGCAUAGUACAGCUGGAAUGAAGUGCUGGUAAAGGCACCUGUGUAGAGCCUGUUGCCUCAACAAUGUCCAGGACAAAAAGCAACAAUGGACCAGGAAGGCAUGACAUGCACAAAUGAUGACAGGCACCACACUUAGCAUCUUGGAAAAUGAAUAUUCACUUGAAGACAUCGUGGAAGCACUUUGCAGAGGAGAACCAAAAAUGGUCUUGAAAUGGUAACAGAUCUCAAAGCCUAACAGCUGAACUGAGAGCCCUGGGGCUUUCAACCCAGUUUCCAGUGGGCAGCAGAAGGCUCACUAUGGAUGACUCUGAGUAGAGAAGAAGGAAGUCAAGGAAGAGAUGGGGAAGAGGAGGGGAAGAGUUCCCCAAAUGUACCUUGCCCUCUCCCCUGAGUGUCCGUGUGUAGCAGGAGGUUAACGUUGAUGUGCAUGACUAAUAUGUCCUGCAUGAGACAUGAAGGCACAGACGUCUUUCUUCCUCAUUCUCAUAUCAUCUCUGAGUGGAUCUCAAGGCAUAUUCCAUUCGGAUUUCUUCACUUAUGUUCCUAUGAAUGAACAAAUCAUCAUUGGAAGACUUGAUGAAGAUAUAAUUCUCCCUUCUUCAUUUGAGAGGGGAUCCGAAGUUGUAAUACACUGGAAGUAUCAAGAUAGCUACAAUAGCUACAAUGUUCACAGUUACUACAAAGGCAGUGGCCAUUUGGAAAGCCAAGAUACCAGAUAUGCAAACAGGACAUCCCUUUUCUAUAAUGAGAUUCAAAAUGGGAAUGCGUCUCUAUUUUUCAGAAGAUUAAGCCUUCUGGACGAAGGAAUUUACACCUGCUAUGUAGGAACAGCAAUUCAAGCGAUUACAAACAAAGUGGUGCUAAAGGUGGGAGUUUUUCUCACACCCAUGAUGAAGUAUGAAAAGAGGAACACAAACAGCUUCUUAAUAUGCAGCGUGUUAAGUGUUUAUCCUCGUCCAAUUAUCACGUGGAAAAUGGACAACACACUUAUCUCUGAAAACAAUAUGGAAGAAACAGGGUCUUUGGGUCCUUUUUCGAUUAACAGCACACUGAAUAUUACAGGAUCAAAUUCAUCUUAUGAAUGUACAAUUGAAAAUUCACUGCUGAAGCAAACAUGGACAGGGCGCUGGACAAUGAAAGAUGGCCUUCAUAAAAUGCAAACUGAACAUGUUUCACUCUCAUGUCAACUUGUAAAUGAUUAUUUUUCUCCAAACCAAGACUUCAAAGUUACUUGGUCCAGAAUGGAAAGUGGGAUUUCCUCUAUCCUGGCUUACUAUCUGAGCUCCUCACAAAAUACAACUUUCUAUGAAUCCCGAUUCUCAUGGAACAAAGAGCUGAAAAACCAGAGUGACUUCUCUAUGAAUUUGAUGGAUCUUAGUCUUUCAGACAGUGGGGAAUAUUUGUGCAAUAUUUCUUCGGAUGAAUAUACUUUACUCACCAUACACACGGUGCAUGUAGAACCAAGCCAAGAAACAGCUUCCGAUAACAAAGGCUUAUGGAUUUUGGUGGCCAGUCUGAUUUUGGUGGCCGGUGUGAUUUUGGUGCUCUGUCUGAUUUUGCUGAUUCGGAAAGUAAAAUGUUGCACAGAAAGACGUCGUGUCUCUACUGAGAGCACUCAUGAUGAUAAUGCCUCUGAUAAUGACGAAGAAAAGACGCGUCUUUCAGGAAGAGUACAGGAAAUGAGAGAAGACCUUGACAACCUAUGACAAGCAUCGUUAAUAUCCAUUGACUUCAUAUCCCCUUUCUGCACUGCAAUUCUAGGCAAUGGCCUGUCAGACCGGACAGUUCUACCACUGCAAAGACUUGUAACCAUUUUCUAGUAUCACAUUUACUUUUCAAGACAUAAGGAUCAUUCACUGACCCACCACCUGCAUUGAGUAUACAUGCCCGGAUGUUAAGGAUUCCAAUUUAACUUCGAAAAGAACUGUUUCAUUCCUUUACAUUCCCGUUCCAGUCAGCCCAGGAGGUUACAGUGAGCUCUCCGCUAAGAAUCAGGAAGAAAUGCAUCACUAGGGGUUGAUUCCCAAUCUGAUCAACUGAUAAUGGGUGAGAGAGCAGAUAAGAGCAGAAAUCACCUUAGUGGAAAGGUUAAAAACCAGAGCCUGGAAACCAAGAUGAUUGAUUUGACAAGGUAUUUUUGUCUAGUUUUAUAUGAAUGGUUAUAUCAUGGUAACCAGCUCAAUUUGGAAUGAAUCUUAGGGAGGCCAAAGAGUAAGACUGUCAGUAUCUUUAAGAUUGCUAGGAAAAAGGGCCCUAUCAACAUAAGAAUCUCUGAAGUUAGGUUACACCUGACCACACGAGGCUUGCAUAGUUGAUUGACUAGCCAUGAAGAUAAUUUGAACUCUUCUGGCUCAAUUGGCAUAUUACUAGUCAGUCUUCUAAUAAAUUUAGAUGUUCAUAUAAAUUUUUAAGCAAGAAGAGAAAGGAGAGCUCAGCUAAUCUAAUCUGUUUCCCUUAAUUUUAGUCAUCAACUUACAUAAAAGAAACAGUCUACUCUUAAUGCUUGUGAACUUGUCACUAUAACCAGGCUUUUGCGAUCAAGGUUUUGACUCUAUAAGAGAAAGCAAAUUCUGAAUUGUGGUGUAACUGCCACCUGGUCCAAUUUUAUCAUAUGACCUCAUUUCACAAUCCUAUACCUUGUAUGUGGUUAACUCUGUUUUUGCUACAAUGUUGUGAUGGGUUAUCACAAAUAGCAAAGUAUUAAGAAUUCCAGUCAGAAUGAUGAUUAUUAAAAAGUCAAGAAACAACAGAUGCUGGUGAGGCUGUGGAGAAAUAGGAAUGCCUUUAAACUGUUGGUGGUAGUAUAAAUGAGUUCAACCAUUGCGGAAGACUGUGUGGCAAUUUCUCAAGGAUCUAGAACC